AUGCACCCAGGCAGAACCCCAGAGGUCGCUACCCGCGCGCGCCGGACAGCCAACUCCGCCAGCUCUCAGCCAAAACUUGUUCCGCCACCCAGUCUGCUGCUGCUUCUCCUAUCACUGGUAAGCCGCAUCUCGGCACAGCUCGCCGUGGGUGACCGAGCAUUGCUGUCUCCGGGUCUCGCGGGGGCUGCGGGGGUUCCUUCCGAGGAGGCCAUAGUGAUGGCGAAUCGCGGACUCAGGGUGCCUUUCGGGCGUGAAGUGUGGCUCGAUCCGCUGCACGACCUAGUGUUGCAGGUGCAGCCAGGGGACCGCUGCGCGGUGACUGUGCUAGACAACGACGCGCUGGCUCAGAGGCCCGGCCGCCUGAGUCCCAAGCGCUUCCCCUGCGACUUUGGCCCAGGAGAGGUGCGCUAUUCCCACCUGGGUGCGCGCAGCCCGUCGCGGGACCGCGUGCGACUGCAGCUGCGCUAUGACGCUCCUGGAGGGGCAGUAGUGCUACCACUGGUCCUGGAGGUGGAAGUAGUCUUCACCCAACUGGAGAUUGUGACUCGGAACUUGCCUCUGGUCGUGGAAGAACUGCUGGGGACCAGCAAUGCCCUGGACGCGCGGAGCUUGGAGUUUGCCUACCAGUCGGAGACCGAGGAGUGUCGCGUGGGCAUCCUGACGGGCUUGAGUGCGCUGCCUCGCUAUGGAGAACUCCUCCACUAUCCGCAGGUCCCUGGAGAAGCCAGAGAAGGAAGUACCUCGGAGCCUCUCUUGAUGGACUGCAAAGCUUUUCAGGAGCUAGGUGUGCGCUACCGUCACACAGCCCCCAGUCGCUCACCCAACAGAGAUUGGGUACCCAUGGUGGUGGAGCUGCGUUCACGAGGGGCUCCUCUUGGCAGCCCUGCUCUAAAACGCGAGCACUUUCAGGUGCUAGUGAGGAUCCGAGGAGGGGCUGAGAACACCGCACCUAAGCCCAGUUUUGUGGCCAUGAUGAUGAUGGAGGUGGACCAGUUUGUACUGACCGCCCUGACUCCAGACAUGCUGGCAGCUGAGGAUGCUGAGUCUACCCCUGACCUAUUGAUCUUCAACCUCACUGCUCCCUUACAGCCCGGCCAGGGUUACUUGGUGAGCACCGAUGACCGCAGCCUACCCCUCUCCUCCUUCACUCAGAGAGAUCUGCACCUUCUGAAGAUAGCCUACCAGCCCCCUUCUGAAGACUCUAACCAGGAGCGACUCUUUGAACUGGAGCUAGAAGUAGUGGACCCAGAAGGAGCAGCCUCCGAUCCUUUUGCUUUCAUGGUAGUGGUGAAGCCUAUGAACACACUGGCUCCGGUGGUCACACGAAACACUGGUCUUAUUCUGUACGAAGGUCAGUCUCGGCCUCUCACAGGUCCUGUAGGUAGUGGACCACAAAACUUGGUCAUCAGUGAUGAGGAUGAUCUAGAAGCAGUGCGACUGGAGGUGGUGGCUGGGCUCCGGCAUGGUCACCUUGUCAUUCUGGGUGCUCCCAGCGGCAACUCUGCUCCUAAGACUUUUACAGUGGCAGAGCUAGCAGCUGGCCAUGUGGUUUACCAGCAUGAUGACAAAGAUGGUUCACUGAGUGACAACCUGGUGCUCCGCAUGGUGGAUGGAGGAGGCAGACACCAGGUGCAGUUCCUGUUCCCCAUCACUUUAGUGCCUGUGGAUGACCAGCCACCUGUCCUGAAUGCCAACACUGGACUGACAUUGGCAGAAGGUGAAACAGUGCCUAUCCCACCGAUUGCUCUGAGUGCAACUGACAUAGAUUCUGAUGACUCUCUGCUGCUUUUUGUGCUGGAGUCACCCUCCUCAACUGCAGGGCAUCUGCUUCUCCGCCAAACUCAUCCUCCCCAAGAGGAGCAGGAGCUGAUCAGUGGCCUUUGGAGGAAGCAGGGGGCAUAUUAUGAACGAACAGUGACAGAGUGGCAGCAGAAAGACAUAACAGAAGGGCGGCUCUUCUAUAGACACUCUGGGCCCCAUAGUCCUGGCCCAGUGAUGGACCAGUUUACAUUUAGAGUUCAGGAUAACCAUGACCCCCCUAAUCAAUCUGGACUACAGAAGUUUGUCAUACGUAUUCAUCCUGUGGAUCGCCUCCCUCCAGAGCUGGUCAGUGGCUGUCCCCUUCGGAUGGUGGUGCAGGAAUCCCAGCUCACACCACUGAGGAAGAAGUGGCUGCGCUACACUGAUCUGGACACUGAUGAUAGAGAACUCCGUUACACCGUGACCCAGCCCCCUGUGGACACCGAUGAAAACCACUCACCUGUCCCACUGGGCACCUUGGUCCUGACUGAUUACCCAUCCACUGUGGUGACCCAUUUUACCCAAGCCCAGAUCAAUCACCAUAAAAUUGCAUACAGACCCCCAGGUCAAGAACUGGGAGUGGCUGCUCGAGUGGCCCAGUUCCAGUUCCAGGUGGAGGACCGAGCUGGGAAUGUGGCUCCUGGUACCUUCACCCUUUACUUGCAGCCCGUGGACAACCAGCCACCUGAUAUCCUCAACACUGGCUUUACUAUUCAGGAGAAGGGCCACCACAUCCUAAGUGAGACUGAGUUGCAUGUGAGUGAUGUAGACACUGAUAUGGCCCACAUCAUUUUUACCCUCACACAGGCACCCAAACAUGGCCACAUGCAAGUGUCCGGACAGACACUGCAUGUAGGAGAGCUCUUCCACUUGGAGGACAUAAAACAGGGGCGAAUUUCCUAUACUCAUAAUGGAGAUGAGUCCUUGACUGAUAGCUGCUCCUUGGAGGUCAGUGACAGACACCAUGUGGUGCCUAUCACUCUCAGAGUAAAUGUCCGGCCAGUGGACCAGGAGGUGCCCAUGCUGAGCCUUCCUACAGGUACUCUGGAGUCCUAUCUAGACGUCUUAGAAAACGGAGCUACUGAAAUCACCACCAGUGUUAUUAAGGGGACUGAUGAACACACUGAUGAUUUGAUGCUGACUUUCCUCUUGGAAGAUCCACCCUUGUAUGGAGAAAUCCUGGUCAAUGGAGCUCCAGCAGAGCAGUUCACCCAAAAGGACCUCUUGGAGGGCUCCGUUGUCUAUGCCCACACCAGUGGUGAGAUUGGCCUGUUGCCCAAAGGAGACUCUUUCAACCUGAGCCUGUCAGAAAAGUCUCAAGAAUGGAGAAUGGGUGGCAAUACUAUUCAAGGUGUCACGGUGUGGGUAACCAUCCUCCCUGUGGACAGCCAGGCCCCAGAAAUUUCUGUGGGUGAACAGUUUACGGUAAUGGAAGGUGAUAAAGGUGUUAUAACCUCGAUGCACAUCAGCGCUGAAGAUAUUGACUCCCUGAAUGAUGACCUCCUGUGCACAAUCGUUAUUCAGCCAACCUCAGGCUAUGUGGAAAACAUUUCUCCAGCCCCAGGCUCUGAGAAGUCCAGGGCAGGGAUUGCCAUAAGUGCCUUCACUCUGAAAGAUCUCAGGCAGGGCCACAUUAACUAUGUCCAGAGUGUCCACAAAGGGGUGGAACCUGUGGAGGACCGGUUUGUAUUUCGUUGCUCUGAUGGCAUUAACUUUUCCGAGAGACAUUUUUUCCCCAUUGUAAUCAUCCCUACCAAUGAUGAAAAGCCAGAAAUGUUUAUGAGAGAAUUUAUAGUCAUGGAAGGUAUGAGUCUGGUGAUUGAUACGCCCAUCCUCAAUGCUGCUGAUGCUGACAUCCCCCCGGAUGACUUAACCUUCACUAUUACCCGAUUUCCCACUCAUGGGCACAUCAUGAGCCAGCAGGUAAAUGGCACGGUUCUUGUCGAAAGCUUCACCUUGGAUCAGAUCAUAGAGAGUUCCAGCAUUAUUUAUGAGCAUGAUGACUCCGAGACCCAGGAAGACAGUUUUGUGAUCAAGUUAACGGAUGGUGAGCACUCUCUGGAAAAGGUGGCCCUCAUCAUGAUCCUCCCUGUGGAUGACGAGACCCCCAGGAUGGCCAUCAAUAAUGGACUGGAGAUAGAAAUUGGGGAAACCAAAGUCAUCAACAACAAAAUAUUAAUGGCCACUGAUUUGGACUCUGAAGACAAAUCCUUGGCUUAUAUCAUUCGUUAUGGGCCAGGACAUGGUGUAUUACAGAGGCGAAAACUUACAGGUGCCUUUGAAAAUAUCACGCUGGGCAUGAAUUUUACCCAGGAUGAAGUGGACAGAAACUUAAUUCAGUAUGUCCAUUUUGGGCAAGAGGGCAUCCGGGACCUAAUUAAAUUUGAUGUGACUGAUGGAAUAAACGCCCUCAUUGAUCGCUACUUUUUUGUGUCCAUUGGGAGUGUUGACAUUGUCUUCCCUGAUGUGAUUAGUAAGGGGGUGUCCUUGAAGGAAGGUGGUAAAGUCACCCUCACAACAGACCUACUAAGCACAAGUGACUUGAACAGCCCCGAUGAAAACUUGGUUUUUACCAUCACGAGGGCCCCCAUGAGAGGUCACCUAGAGUGCACUGACCAACCUGGAGUGUCCAUCGCAUCUUUCACUCAGCUCCAAUUGGCUGGCAACAAAAUCUACUACAUCCACACAGCUGACGAUGAGGUGAAGAUGGACAGCUUUGAGUUUCAAGUCACUGACGGGCGUAACCCUGUCUUCCGAACGUUCCGUAUCUCCAUUAGUGACGUGGACAACAAAAAGCCAGUGGUCACCAUCCAUAACUUGGUUGUCAGCGAAGGUGAAAACAAGCUGAUCACGCCCUUUGAACUCACUGUUGAAGACAGAGAUACUCCCGACAAACUCCUGAAAUUCACUGUCACCCAGGUGCCUGUUCAUGGUCAUCUCGUUUUCAAUAAUACCAAACCUGCCACGGCUUUUACCAAGCAAGACUUGAAUGAAAACUUAAUCAGCUACAAGCAUGAUGGCACGGAGUCGAGUGAAGACAGCUUCUCCUUCACGGUGACCGAUGGCACCCAUACAGACUUUUAUGUUUUCCCAGAUACAGUGUUUGAAACGAGGAGACCUCAAGUGAUGAAGAUCCAGAUCUUACCUGUUGACAAUAGUGUCCCCCAAAUUGCAGUGAAUAAAGGGGCCUCUGUGCUUCGCAAUCUGGCCACUGGUCACUUGGGGUUCAUGAUCACAAGCAAAAUAUUGAAAGUGGAGGAUAGAGACAGCCUGCACUUCUCUCUGAAGUUUACUGUGACAGAGGCACCUCGACAUGGAUAUCUCUUCAACCUGGAUAAAGGCAACCACAGCAUCACUCAGUUUACUCAAGCUGACAUUGAUGACAUGAAAAUAUGCUAUGUCUUAAAAGAAGGGGCUAAUGCCACAAGUGAUGUGUUCCAUUUUGCAGUUGAAGAUGGUGGUGGAAACAAGUUAACCAAUCAGCAUUUUCGUCUGAAUUGGGCAUGGAUCUCCUUCGAAAAGGAAUAUAACCUGAUCAAUGAGGACUCCAAAUUUCUCGAUGUUGUUCUUAAACGUAGAGGUUACUUGGGAGAAACUUCAUUUAUAAGUAUUGGCACAAGAGAUGGGACGGCAGAAAAGGACAAGGACUUUAAAGGCAAAGCACAGAAGCAAGUGCAGUUCAACCCUGGCCAGACCAGGGCCACGUGGAGAGUGCGUAUCCUGAGUGACGGGGAACAUGAGCAAUCCGAGACCUUCCAGGUGGUUCUCUCGGAGCCUGUGCUGGCUGCCCUGGAGUUCCCUGCAGUGACCACGGUAGAAAUUGUUGACCCAGGAGAUGAAUCAACUGUGUUCAUUCCCCAGUCGGAAUACUCCAUUGAAGAAGAUGUGGGCGAGCUGUUCAUUCCCAUCAGGAGGACAGGAGACGUCAGCCAGGAGUUCAUGGUGAUCUGUUACACACAGCAAGGAACAGCGACCGGAACUGUGCCAACUUCCGUGUUGUCUUAUUCGGAUUACAUAUCCAGGCCCGAGGACCAUACCAGUGUUAUUCGCUUUGACAAAGAUGAAAGGGAGAAAAUGUGUCGGAUAGUUGUGAUUGAUGACUCCUUAUAUGAAGAAGAGGAAACGUUCCGUGUCCUUUUGAGCAUGCCCAUGGGUGGGAGAAUUGGAUCAGAGUUCCCAGGAGCUCAGGUUACAAUCCUCCCCGACAGAGAUGAUGAACCCAGCUUCUACUUUGGGAAUGUGCAGUACUCUGUGGACGAGAGCUCCGGCCACGUAGAGGUGCAGGUGUGGAGAACAGGUACCGACCUCUCCAGGCCUUCCAGUGUCACAGUGAGAUCUCGGAAGACGGAUCCUCCUUCUGCAGAUGCUGGGACAGACUAUGUGGGAAUCAGUCGCAAUUUAGAUUUUGCACCUGGAGUCAACAUGCAGACUGUUCGUGUUAUCAUUCUGGAUGACCUUGGACAACCAGUGCUGGAGGGAACUGAGAAAUUUGAACUGGUGCUUCGUAUGCCUGUGAAUGCUGUCCUUGGGGAGCCCAGCAAAGCCACGGUGUUCAUAAAUGACUCUGUCUCAGACUUGCCUAAGAUGCAAUUCAAAGAACGAGUUUACACUGGCAGCGAAAGUGAUGGGCAUAUAGCUGCUAUGAUCCACAGGAGUGGUGAUAUCCAGUACAGGUCUUCAGUGCGAUGCUAUACACGGCAGGGGUCCGCACAGGUGAUGAUGGACUUUGAAGAACGCCCAAACACUGACGUCUCCAUCAUCACAUUCCUCCCUGGUGAGAUUGAAAAGCCAUGUGUCCUUGAGCUGAUGGAUGACAUACUCUACGAGGAGGUGGAAGAGCUCCGCCUGGUACUUGGCACUCCGCAAAGCAGCUCUCCCUUUGGGGCUGCCGUUGGUGAACAGAAUGAAACUCUGAUAAGGAUCCGAGACGAUGCUGAUAAGACUAUUAUCAAAUUUGGAGAAACCAAAUUUAGCGUCACCGAACCCAGAGAACCAGGAGAGUCAGUCGUGGUUGAAAUUCCAGUGAUUCGCCAAGGAGACACUUCGAAGGUCUCCAUUGUGAGAGUCCACACCAAGGAUGGCUCUGCCACCUCCGGAGAAGACUAUCACCCUGUGUCAGAAGAAAUUGAGUUUAAGGAAGGAGAAACCCAGCACAUUGUUGAAAUUGAAGUAAUCUUCGAUGGGGUGAGAGAGAUGAGAGAGGCCUUCACUGUUCACUUAAAACCUGAUGAAAAUAUGAUAGCAGAGACCCAGGUGACCAAGGCCAUUGUGUAUAUAGAAGAAAUGAACAGCAUGGCAGAUGUCACUUUUCCUUCUGUCCCUCAAAUUGUGUCCUUGCUGAUGUAUGACGACACGGCCAAAGCUAAGGAGAGUGCAGGACCUGUGUCGGGCUAUCCCAUCAUCUGCGUCACAGCUUGCAACCCCAAAUAUUCAGACUACGAUAAAACGGGCUCUAUUUGUGCAAGUGAGAACAUCAACGACACUCUGACCCGCUACCGAUGGCUGAUUAGCGCUCCUGCUGGCCCUGAUGGUGUGACCAGCCCCAUGAGAGAGGUGGACUUCGAUACCUUUUUUACAUCAUCCAAGAUGAUCACCUUAGACUCCAUAUACUUUCAGCCUGGCUCUCGGGUGCAGUGUGCGGCUCGUGCUGUGAACACCAACGGGAAUGAAGGUCUGGAGCUGACAAGCCCUAUCGUUACCAUUGCCAGGGAAGAAGGUCUUUGUCAACCCCGUGUGCCUGGAGUAGUGGGGGCUGAACCGUUCUCAGCUAAAUUGCGCUACACAGGGCCCGAGGACCCGGACUACUCAAACCUUAUCAAGCUCACAGUCACCAUGCCACACAUAGAUGGCAUGCUCCCGGUGAUCUCCACCAGAGAGCUCUCCAACUUCGAGCUGACCCUCAGCCCCGAUGGCACCAGAGUUGGGAACCACAAGUGCUCCAACCUCCUGGACUACACUGAGGUGAAGACCCACCAUGGCUUCCUGACGGAUGCCACGAAGAAUCCAGAAGUCAUUGGAGAGUCGUAUCCUUACCAGUACAGCUCACCUCUCAGAGGAAACGGCACCUUACGCUUCUACCGGAACCUCAACCUGGAGGCCUGUUUGUGGGAGUUUGUCAGCUACUAUGACAUGUCAGAGCUCCUCGCUGACUGCGGAGGCACCAUUGGAACGGACGGACAGGUCCUAAACCUAGUGCAGUCUUACGUGACCCUUCGAGUACCUCUGUAUGUGUCCUACGUGUUCCACUCCCCAGUGGGAGUAGGUGGCUGGCAGCAUUUUGAUUUGAAGUCGGAGCUUCGUCUGACUUUCGUGUAUGACACUGCCAUCUUGUGGAGCAAUGGAAUUGGCAGCCCACCAGGAGCCGAACUCCAAGGAUCUCUCUACCCAACGAGCAUGCGCAUCAGGGAAGAGGGGCGCCUGGCUGUGAACUUCAAGACCCAGGCUCAGUUCCAUGGCUUGUUUGUGCUGUCACAUCCCGCAUCUUUUACCAGCUCAAUGAUCAUGUCAGCUGAUCAUCCAGGCCUGACCUUUUCCCUCCGCCUUGUAAGGAGUGAACCAACCUAUAACCAGCCUAUUCAGCAAUGGAGCUUUGUCUCUGACUUUGCAGUACGUGACUACUCGGGAACCUAUACUGUAAAGCUGGUGCCAUGCACCACCCCGUCCAAUCAGGAGUACCGACUGCCAGUCACCUGCAACCCCAGAGAGCCUGUCACCUUUGACCUUGACAUCCGAUUCCAACAGGUCAGCGAUCCAGUGGCAGCUGAAUUCAGCCUCAAUACUCAGAUGUACCUACUCUCCAAGAAGAGUCUCUGGUUGUCUGACGGAUCCAUGGGAUUUGGACAAGAAAGCGAUGUUGCUUUUGCAGAAGGUGAUACAAUUUAUGGUCGUGUCAUGGUAGAUCCUGUCCAGAAUCUGGGUGACUCCUUUUACUGCAGCAUUGAGAAGGUUUUCCUAUGCACUGGAGCUGAUGGCUAUGUCCCCAAGUAUAGUCCAACAAAUGAAGAAUAUGGCUGUUUAGCCGACUCUCCUUCACUUCUGUAUAGAUUUAAAAUUGUGGACAAAGCUCAACCAGAGACACAAGCCACCAGUUUUGGAAAUGUCCUCUUUAAUGCCAAACUGGCAGUGGAUGACCCUGAAGCCAUCCUCUUAGUGAAUCAGCCUGGCUCUGAUGGAUUUAAAGUCGACUCAACACCACUCUUUCAGGUUGCUCUGGGCCGAGAAUGGUACAUACACACAAUCUAUACAGUAAGAUCAAAAGACAACACCAAUCGAGGUAUCGGCAAAAGAAGUGUGGAGUAUGAGUACCACUCUCUGGUGCAUCAAGGGAAGCCACAGAUAACUACCGGGAGCCGGAAGAAGAGAGAGAUCAGGAGCGCACCCCCACUGGCAUGGGACAUCGGUGCUGAAAACAACCGAGGGACAAACAUCCAGCACAUUGCCCUGGACCGCGCCAACAAGAGGCAGACCCCCCCAGGGAGAGUGCCCCCCGAAGGCAUCCUACCCCGGGAGCUCAACAGUCCCAGCUCUGAGGUCAGUCUGGUCACCAUCGUGGGCAGCAUCGCGGUGGGAUUACUCACCAUCUGCCUCACUGUCAUUGCAGCAAUGAUGUGCAAAAGCAAGAAAAGUGUCAGGGGUAAGGACACUCCGAAGGGCUCUGGCAGCAGCGAGCCCAUGAUGCCCCCGCAGAGCCACCAUAGCGACAGCUCAGAGGUGUGACCGUUGCAGCUAGAAUUCAACCUUCUCCUCAAGUGCCUAAGGAAAGACAAUAGAACCCCCAAUACUUCUGAUGGACAGCAGAGAAUUGGGGAUUUGUGUGAUGAAGAAGCUGCUCAGAGAACCCCACUGUACUAAUGUCUUUUAAUUGAGUUCUGUACAUCCAAGGACAAAUUCAGACCACAACUUUUAUUUUGCCAGAAGGUGUCAGUGAUGUAUUCACACACAGAGCCAUGGAUGGACAGCAAGGAAUGUACUUUCUCUUCUUCUUCUUUUAUUUUUUUUUCCCAGCAUGUUCUCUCUGCUGUAGAGAUGAACAAAUUCAAAGGUGCUAACAGACUCUCUCCUGAGUUUAAGAGAAGUCCGUUGUUGUUAUGUUAGUGUGAACUUGAAAGGUGCAAUUAUCACAUUAUUCAUUCAUUUGUAACUGAUCUUACUAGAAAGGUUUAAUUGGUAGCCAAUAGGAAUGAUCUGUUCAUUAUGACAAGUUUUCAUAGGUGAAGACAGCAUAGAAUUAUGACCAGGGCUAGUUUAACCCAUAAAUCACCUUUUUCUACUAUUUGGGAAAGAGUGGAUGCAAAAAUAGAGAGGAGUUCACUCACUCACUUGGAUUUGAAUUGCUUCUCAUCUUCCUCAAACCCUUCUUGCUUCAUUUGCUUAUUUAAUUUUAAAUUAAACCAAAGAAUAUGUUCAUUCUGGAAGAAAGUUUUUAGAGAGACUGCCCUAUUUGCAUGUCUAAUAAGGAAUAGUAGUUUUUUUGUUUUGUUUUGUUUUGUUUUGUUGCUUAGGAAUAUACCUUACUGGUGCUGAACAUUUGUGGAAAACAAGAGUAUUGUUGACAUUGACAAAGAAAUGCCUUCGCAUCAGAUUCACUACCAGACAAUGUUCUGUAAGAACUGAGCCUAGCUGUUUGCAGUAUUGAACCCAUAAAUGAUAAUAAGGAACAUCUUUAGAGAUGGCAAAGGUGAUAUUUAUUAACAUAAUAUGUAUAACCAGGGUGCCUCUGAUACCUACUUUAUAGAAUGAAAGAACAUUUCGACACAUGGCAAAUGAGAUUUGUCCUCCGAGUAGCAUAACCAUACAAUAACGUCCAGAACUUAAGAUGGCCAUAGGAAUUUUUAUUACACUUCUUGUCAGCAUCUGAUCCAAAUGAUGGGAAUCUCUGUGGUUGUCUUUCCAGAAAUGGUCUUGGAUGUGCCAAGCAUCAUGGAUCAUAUUGUUUUUUGAUCCAAGAAUAGAGCAUCACCCUUGGCAUCCCCAGUUCAGUGAACUGCUACAUUGAGGUGCCACUCACUAAUUAAAAAUAUAAUCUAUAACACUACUAAUCAAACACCCCCUCAAACACAGGGAAUUUGAGUGAAAUUUCUCUCAAAACCACCUAUUGCUUUUCCUGCAAAAACAAAAAUGUAUUUUUUUUACCAAAUGGCAUUUGGGUUAGAAAAAGAAAAUUUCAGUAGUUUAAUGACCAGUCUUUCAAAAGCUAGGUAAGCAUAUUUGAAACAAAAAUAAAAUCAGGAGAAAAAGAACAAUGUCUAAGGAUGAACCCUCAAAUGUUUCCUGGAAUCCCCUUCCACUUCCAACCAGACUCUGGCCAAAGUGAACAUUCUAGUGGAAUGGAGAUUUUUAGAAGGCAAAUUUCUUCUCAGGUCAUAUAUGCUCAUCUUCGCUUGGUGUAUCCAUGUACCAACCAUCUCUUGGUUUAAAAAACGGAAGCUACAUGGUACUGGUAGAGAGGUUAAAAAAGUGUCUGAUACUUGCCUCCUUUCUUUUAGGCAUCUCUGCACUUUACAAAAUUCUUUUAAAGAAUAGACUAUAAUCUUCUAUGGUGAUACAUUCUUAAUUAUCUCCCUUUCUCUUGCUUGACUUCUGGUAGAUGCUUUGCUACAUCUUUGGCUAUCUCAUAAUUUGUGUGGGAAUUAACAUCAAUUAAGCAGCUUCAAAUAGUGCAUGGACUUUUUUACUUCUUUGCAUUGGGUUCAGUUUAUGUAGGCAGAUGCUACAAGUAUUCUCAAUCAACUUUCUGAUACUUUAGCAGUUAAGAACUCCAGAGCCUAUCAUGCAAUGCAACCUCUGGGUCUCACUGACAAGUGAAUACAAUAUUCAGUGAAGCGUCAUUGUAAGUCUGUUUUGAGUCAUUGGCCAGGCGGGUUUUACCAGAUUACGCUCUGCAAUGCAUUGGUUUAAUGAAGCUACUGUCUAGAAAUUGGAGAGCUUAUUAAAUAUGAAACAAGUCUAUUCUUCCCUAACCAAAAGAAAUUCCUUCCUCUCUGCCCAACUCUUCUUUUUCUCUCCCCAGUCACUCCUUUUUUUUUUAUUAGUUACACAUGACAGUACAAUGAUCUUGGCAUAUCAUAUAUUUGAAUCAAACUUUCAACCCUAUUAAAAAGAAAGUAGUCUGGGGAAAUAUGCAGAUAUAACUUUCUUACAUACAAAUUACUUAGGAUAUAUGCAUCACUUUUAAAAAUUCUAGUUACUAAAUAUGUGAUAUAAUAAACAUUGAUCAUCUUCAAAAUUAUUUUAAGUAGAAAAAAAUAAGGUAAUUUUUUGUUGUUCAAUAAAAUUGACCUUUACUUUCAGUAUUUUUGUUUUUAUAGAAGUAUUCUGUUAUUAUCAGAACAAAUACAUUAAAUAACUUCCAUAGAGAACAGGUUCUAGGCAGUAAUAGCUCUUUAGUUUCUCAUUAUUUUCUGACCCCAAUCAAUAUCUUAUUGAUAUUACAUAAUAAAAACCAAAAAUAAAUAUUGUUAUUAGUGGCUCUUCUAAGCAUAUGAACCAUGCAACAUUAAAAUACAUAAGUAAAUUUUAGUGAUGGUAUCGUUUAAUUUGUUUCCUUUCAUUUCUUCAGUUAGCAUUUACUGAAUGCUCACUUGGAAAUGAUUAGCCAUUCUGAAAGACUAUGUAGAAACCAAGCUACUCUCCCUGUCCACCAUCGGUAGGGGUUCUUUCCUUGAACUAAAGUGUCAGGAAUUGCAUGAGGUUCUCUCCUCGACACACCAGGCAGAUCUGUGGGCCAUGUUUUUUUAAAAAAAUCUCUACAGCACCAAAAUUAGAGUCCACUCUUUCCCAUCUAAAAGAACCCCAUGCAAAAUAUUUCAAAUCAAUCAUUUGAUGGAUUUGACCUUUACAAACUCAUCCAGAGGAAGUACAUUGUUGUGCUGUGGGUGGCACUGUAUUAUCUUUUCUUCUUAGUAGAUGAUAGGCUCAUUUUAUUACAAGAAUGGGCUGAACAGGAUGAAACUCUUCCUUCUUUAGCAUCAUUGGUAUGUCCUGAAAUCUCAGCGUCUGCCAUGUUUGAACCACAUGAAUAAAGACCAACUAGAAUCCUGCUGUCAACUCCGUAUGUGGCAUGGUGAUAAGAAGGAGACUCAAUAGGAAGAGAUUUAGUUCUAUAGGCAGCAACAGAGCUUUAUCAAGUCAUCUUACCUUUACUUUUUUUCCAGGGUACCCACUCCAAGGUUUACAUUGAAAAUAGAUCUGUGUAAAAAUAAUUGAGAGCCUUUCCUCAUAUAUCUCAAAAUAUUUCCAGAUAGAGCAAUGUGAAAGUACCAACAUUAGAACUAAAUGUAAGGACACUUAGAUUUUAAAAGUUGAAAACUUUAUUUUGAAAAUAUCUAUUUAAUAUUAUCUUGGACACCAAUUCAGUGCUUUAGUAGGAAAAAGAAAAAAUGUUGUUGUUAAAAGUGCAAAUGUUUUACAAAUUGGAAAUUUUCAUAAUUGUAUUAUUGUGAAAACAAGAAUGUUACCAUUCUUUAAAACUCUUUCAUUUUUCUAGCCAUAGUAGCAAUAAUAAAAGGAUGAAAACAAGUCUUUUCACCAAACUUGAGGCACAAGAAUGGAACUCAAAUGUUCAAAUAGUUUAACUUAUCAAGAAUCAAAAAUGUCUAAUUUGACAGGAAACUACAAGUACUAGUAUUCCCUGUGUAUUUCUCUCUCUCUCUCUCUCUCUCUC